UUUCAUGAUCUCUACGACGAACACAUAGGACAGGGAAAGAACUCAUCCGCUGGCGAUAUAUUGACUUCAGCACUGAUAAUGGGAUUGGUAUUUGUGGUACUCAUGGCUUGUGUGACAUUUGUGAUGGCAAUUGUGAUCAUCUAUGAGUUUACGCGUUGUAUGAAAGCAUUCUUCAUAUUGGCGUUUGUCAUCUAUUUUGGACUCUUCGGCGCCGGAUAUCUGUUUAUAGCUGUCAGUGAGUAUAACGUAGCCAUGGAUUGGAUCUCUAUUUUGCUCAUAUUAUGGAACUAUACCGGCGUUGGAAUCAUUGUAUUCUUCAUCGCCGGUCCAAAACUAUUGAAACAAAUAUAUCUCAUACUCUUGACAGCAAAUGUGGCUUUAAUUCUGAUGUUAGUAUUGCCCAAAUGGACUACCUGGGUGCUUUUGUUUCUCAUGUGUGGUUGGGACUUAUAUGCAGUCCUUCACAAAACUGGUCCGCUCAACAGAAUGAUGGCAUCGAUGGACACGAAUGAGAAAGAAAUGCCUCCUCUUCUCUACUCGACAGCCAUUUGGGUAUUAAUGAGCGAUAAGAGUAAGAAGAGGGACACAGACCACGACUCUGGCGUUCAGUUAGGUUUAGGAGACUUUGUUUUCUACAGUCUAUUAGUGGGCACAUCCUUCGCGUCGGGAGAUCUGUUGACUGCAAUCAUGUGCUGUAUUAGUAUAUUGGUUGGACUGGCCAUCACUCUAUUCAUACUACUUAUAAGGAAUACCCCUCUGCCAGCCCUUCCCAUAUCUAUAACACUCGGAGUUUUGACUAAUUUUUGUGCCCAAUAUUGUGUCAUUCCUUUCAAUGAUGCCCUUCAGGAUAGGCUUAUAUUUAUAUAG